CAACUCCUGACAGCAGUAGUGCUCUGUUAAAUAACUGCCCAAAUAUCUCAGGAAUCAUGACAGAAAACGACAAUAAUGCCAAUGAUAUCGAAACCACAUUAAAGGAUGAGUGGGCGAUACGACCGUGCGAGGUGUACAAAGACGAAUACGAUGAUUGCACUAGCUUUAAAGCAAGAUUCCAUCAAUAUUUUAUAAACGGUGAAAAUACAGAUUGUACGCAAUGGCAAACGGAUUAUAAAAAUUGUGUACGAUACCGCGAUUCAAAUGGAAAUGAUGUGAAGGCUGGUGUUGCUGUCAUUAAAAGUGAAGAAGAACGUCGUUUAAAACGUUUUCAUGGUCACUACGCAAAUAAUGUAUGGCAAAAGAGGAGUGCUCCACCGCCAGAUUGGUCAAAACCUUUGCCAGAGUGGAUGGAGAAGAAAAAUGAGAAUUCUUAUUUGCAAUUAAAGCAAUUGGAGCUGGAGGGAAAAGCUCCGGCCCAAGAUGAAAAAUCUUAUUGUUCAAUUAUGUAGUAAAGGGAAAUUAAAAGACAACACGUUUUCUAAAAAAAUACAAACCCACAACAAAA